UUCGGGCAUUUCCAAGCAACAGCAGAUAGUGUACAUUAUUAUAAUAUAUGAUCCCUAUAAAUUAAGGAGGGUGUAUCCCCUUUAUAUAUAAUAUUGUCCGUGUAAAGCUGAGAUAGAUCCAGAACAACAAGACAUCGAUCGAAGCAGAGUGAGUGAGGAAAAUAAUGGAGGGAGCGCUGAGAUGGGAGGAGGAGAACGACUCGGCAGUUCUGGAUUGGAUUCGUCGGCAAUUGCUGGAGGAGGAUGACCUCCUCGAUCUGACAGCUGCCGGAGAUAAAGGAGAUUCAUCAUCGUAUUCGUCUGUGCCGCCGCCACCAAGGACAAGGACAAGGACAAGGAGAGGGUCGAAUUACAAAGGAGUAAGGAGAAGACCAUGGGGAAAAUACGCGGCUGAGAUCAGAGAUCCAAACAAGAACGGAGCCAGAAUGUGGUUGGGCACCUUCCAGACCCCUGAGGAGGCUGCUCUCGCUUAUGACCGCGCAGCUUUCAAGUUGCGUGGCUCCAAGGCUAAGCUUAACUUUCCUCACCUCAUCACCACUGAGGAGACCACUUGUGGUAACAAACGCCAGCGUUCACCUGAGCCCACAUCUCCGCCACCUAAAAGGCGAAACAACACCAACAUAAUUAACCUUACCACUAGACUUCCUUCCCUCGGAUUAAUGCUCUCUGUAUUUCAAAAACACCUACAAUGACUAUCUAUGAGACUCUGAAAUUUUUUUUUUUUUUUCUUUUUCCAAUAUUGUCCAAAAAUACUAAAU